UUGCUGCAAUAUUCAGUGAUCGAAGAUGUUCGGACGAGUGAUCGCGUACUCCGUUUUGUUGGCUGCCCUCCAAGCAGUGACCCUCGCCCAAGAGGAUUACUGCGACACAUCCCUUUGUGAUCCGGGUGUACAGCACAUUGGUUGCAAUGCCAAAAAUGAACUUUCCCCGGACUGUAACGAGGGCAAGAAAAUCGAGCUGACCGAUGAGCUGAAAAAGUUGAUUUUGGACGAGCACAACAACUACCGCAACCAGGUGGCCAAGAAGGAGCUCAAAUGGCUACCGUCGGCUACCAACAUGGUCACGAUGGCAUGGGACGAUGAUCUUGCUUACCUGGCUGAGCUGAACGCCAAUCGAUGCGAGUUCGAGCAUGACCAGUGCCACAACACCAAGAAGUACCCGAACUCCGGACAAAACAUCGCUUCCUGGGCAACGAGUGGUGACACGUACGAUGUGAAGGAUACGAUCAAGACGCUGGUCAAAGAGUGGUGGGACGAGCGCCAUUUCGCCGGUCCUAAGCUGAUUAAGAAGCUGUGGGGCAAAUACAAGGCGCUGCACUUCACGAUGCUGGUCAGGGCCAACGCCAGCCGAGUUGGGUGCGCGAUGGUUCAGUACAAGCAAACCGAUAACCUGUGGGUGUUGCUCAUCUGUAACUAUUCGUACACCAACAUGAUCGGAACCACGGUUUACAAGCACGGAAAGCCAUGCUCGGAAUGCACCAGUGGAUGCGAUAGUCAAUACGAUGGAAUGUGCAAUAAGGACGAGCCAGUUGUUGUGGCUUGAACGAUGGAACGCAGGGGUAAACAAUCUUAUUUCAUGUCAUUUGACUAAUUUGUCAAGAUUUUUCCAGAAGUCAUUCUUAAUCAAUAGUUAUUGAUGAAUCUGUAACGCUUGAACAAAGCGUUGCCUUAUCUAACAAAAUAUUACCAAAAAGGAAAAAAAUGUGCGAAAAAAGAGCAACAUUUCCCAGAAUGUCACGAAGCAAAAACUUUGGCCCUCACUCUGCAGAUUUUGAAUUUUGAGUAAUGUUUUGUUUUUAUUCAUAUAUUGUUCAUCUAUUGUAAAUUACUACUGAAAAAUCAGUCAAAUGGCAUAAAAUGAAAUUUUUUGACACUGAAAAUUUCGGAAUUAUGGCGGAAGGUUAAAUAAAAAUGAUGGUGAUGGAAGACAUAAAUAAACAAUUUUGACCAAAA